GGAUCGUCUCUAGAUUCCCCAAAGCCCGCACAGGGCCGGAGGAUCUCGGCAGGAACCACCCAAUCAGAGCGGGCAUCGUUCACAGAUGAAUACGGAAGAUUCGUUAAGGUGCUUUAUUACAAUAGUACCAGCACGAUUCAAUUAUAUGAGAAGAAAGCACCGGCACCGGUUCCCGAGAUGACAAAACCUCGACAAGGCUCUACAUUUACCAGGUUAAGACGUGCAUCUAUGCCCAAGCCAAUGAUCAGAGAACUCUACGCUAUUAAAAUGUUUCACCUCGCUAAACCGGACUCGGAUCAUCUGCCCCAUUUAUCGCGAGGCGCAAGUGAACAACUCUCGCUUCCCCAUCCUAAUAUUCUCUCCGUCAUCGAUAUUCUCUACAAUAAGCAGGGGAAUCUCUGUCUUGUCAUGCCCUUCUGUAGUGGGGGAAACUUGCACACUUUUCUUGAACAAGAAGCAAAAUCAAAAACAAACCCACCACUUGAAGAGGUGAAUUGCUCAGGAAUUCAGAUCCUGCGUGCAGUCGCCUUCUUACAUGAAAAUGGAAUCGCCCAUGGAGACUUGAGGCCUGAACACAUCCUCCUCACUGCCCGAGGCGCGGUGAAAGUGAGUGGUUUUGGAGAAGAUGGGGAUGCAGUACGAGAAAUGGUUCAUUUCUCUCAUCAUGAACAUCAUGGAAAUCACAAUGGGUCUCGCUCGGGAUCCAGUUCUGGAAAAACACCGACAUCCAACUCGAAGCUGCUCCUCUGCAUCCGGAGGAGGGUGUCAGAGUUAAGUACUCCUUAUCUUCCCCCGGAAAGAUUCUCCAGUCGCCGUGACUCCGUGCGUCAGGGAUAUACCCAUCAAUACCUUUACGAUAUCAGAGCGGGAGACAUGUGGGCAUGUGGUAUGAUAUACAUGAUCUUGAGGUCUGGCCAGCUUCCCUGGCGCGGUGCUCAGGGAGUUAAUCGAGACAAGUCGUAUGCGGAAUACCUUUAUUGUCGCUUGCAGGAGGAUGGCUUUCGUCCUAUCCAGGUUCUCGAAACCCACUGCCGCAAUGUGAUCUAUGCCAUGCUACAUCCUGAUCCGAGCUUAAGGAUUACGGCGGAGGAGGUCUUGAGGUCCGAGUGGGUCCUUGGGACUGCAAUCUGUGAGGUUGGGGACAUGGGGCUUUAA